AUGCGAGGGUUGCGAGUGGCCGACCUCGAGGAAUCCGAUCCGACCGAGCCCAGCACUGAAGGAAUCGUUUCCCCAUCUCUUACAGGCGUUCCGCGCGCUCGUCUUUCCCUCUCCGGCAACGGUGCGCGAAUACACGUCACACGGCGUGCUUGUCAGCAGGUGCAGGUGGUGCGCAUGGCGAUGGUGGGGGCAGCCAAGGCGGUGGAGGGGGCGGGCAACAGCGCGGCCGUGCAGCAGCUGGCGCAGUGGGCAGUGGACGAGCACAACAAGAAGCAGAACACGGCGCUGAGGCUGCAGGCGGUGGAGGGGGCGAGUGAGCAGGUGGUGGCGGGCACGCUGCACCGCAUCCGCCUCACCGCACACCUGCCCUCCACCAGCCCGCCUGUCACAGCGCAGUACGAGGCGGUGGUGUGGGAGAAGCCGUGGGAGGGCUUCCGAGAGCUGCAGUCCUUCGACAAGAUCGACGGCGCCUAG